AUGGCGGCCAGCAGGGUCGCCGCAAGGGAGGGCGGGGAAGACGCUUUCCGACGGCUUUUCCGCUUCUACCGGCGACGGGAGGGCUUGGACCUGACGGGGGUGAUUGACUUCUCGCAGCCAGCGACGCGGCAGGUGGUCAACUGCCCCUUGAGUUGUUCUUCAGUGAGUGAUCAAGAUGCUUCCAGAGCAGGACUGCAGCCAGUUAGCCAAUGGAAAGCCUAUGGGCUGGACAGCUAUCCAGGGUUUAUAUUUAUCCCAAAUCCCUUCCUUCCGGGCUGCCAGCGACACUGGGUGAAGCAAUCUCUCAAGCAGUACACCCAGAAACCCAAUGUGUGCAAUUUGGAUAUGCACAUGUCUUCUAAGGAGACCACUGAUCUAUGGGGAAAGAGUCAGCUGCAGCUGCGGAGCAGAAGUUCUAGCAAACAGGAAGCAAAAUGUUUACUGGAGAAGCUGCGCUGGGUGACAUUGGGUUACCAUUAUAACUGGAAUACCAAGAAAUAUUUGGCUGAUCACUAUACCGCCUUCCCUUCCGAUCUGGCUUUCCUCUCAGAGCAAGUGGCUACAGCUUGUGGAUUUCCAGGCUUCCAAGCAGAAGCAGGGAUCCUGAACUACUAUCAUUUUGAUUCAUCUCUGGGAAUUCAUGUGGAUGAGUCUGAGCUGGACCACUCUCGACCCCUCUUAUCAUUUAGCUUUGGACAGUCAUCUAUAUUUUUGUUGGGAGGACUAAAACGUGAUGAAGCCCCUGUGGCCAUGUUCAUGCAUAGUGGUGACCUGAUGAUCAUGUCUGGCUUCAGUCGCCUGCUGUUUCACGCAGUCCCCCGAGUUCUGCCAAACCUUGAGGGAAAGCCUCUGCCUUCUUGUCUGGAGCUGCCUCUCCCUGCAGACCUUCCUGCAGACUCUGUUAUUAAGCCCUGCUCCGAAAAGGACUGGCAAGUCUGUGCCAAAUACUUGCAAGUAUCUCGUAUUAACAUGACUGUCAGGCAGGUGCUGGCUGAAGGCCAGAGCUUCCCAACUGAAGCCAGGACAGAUGGAGAACAAGGUGCCGUCCUCACAGGCUCCUAUCAUGAGGAGGAUAGUAGACUCAAAAAGCAGAAGUCUGAUGUUGACAGCUGAGACCUGGAAGCCUUCAUUUCGCUCAGCACAGCCUAUGUUGGUAACAAUCCAGUGAGGCAGGUCUGUUAUCCACCAUGUGGACCACCAAAUGAUGGUGGAAGAAGUGGCUGAAACAGAGCUGUGAGCCUUAUUGCUGGAAAUCGGAGGAUGUAACAUGGAAGAGAUGACUGUUCAGCCUUUGUGGUCAAGGUUCAUGGCUCAGGGCAGAGAAUUGAAUUGUGCUUCUAUUUCUGUGGUGAUCUCUGUAAGGUCAAAUAGUAAAUCGAUGUCACUCCAGCACUUUGGUUUACACUGCCUGAAAACAGAAUAACUCACCUGGCCUAUAACUGUCUUGUUACUCUCUUUGAGGUAUCAGAAGGGGGGCAUCAACAAAAGGAGCAUCUAUUAAACUGUAAGCUUGUAUAAGCCCAUGGCAUGAUCUGAAACGCAUGAUGUAGCAGGUCUGGGUUGGUCACUGCCUGGAUGGGAGAUCAUCUGGGAACCCCAAGGGAAAUGUUGCAAAUAAAUGAUACAAUUUUAA